CUUACGCCAUUCAUGUUCUCGGCGAUCCAGUGGUGAGUCAGCAUGAAGGUCCUCGGUCUAACGUUGUUGGUUGUGGCGGUGUUUCUGUCGGAGUCCAAAGCGGCUGAAAUGAAUGAGUAUCAAAUGGUGUCGCUAAACAACGGGGCUUACAACGUGCUGUGGAAAUACGACAUGUUAAAGGACACCUUUAUGUUCAACGUCACUGUGAACGCGACCGGCUGGGUUGCAUUUGGCGUGUCAAAAUCCUUCGGACAGAUGAAUGGCUAUGACGUGAUCAUUGGGAGCGUUGGAGGCAUGCACAUGAACGAGUCAUACUCUAAGGAUUAUUUCACGAGAAUGCGAGCCAUGCCGAUGCCAGAUGCAGAGAAUAUGCAAAAUAUCAUGCUGACUUCAGCUUCGGAAAUGGACGGAUACACAAACCUGGUGUUUCACAGGCAGAGAAAAACUGGUGACACCGUCACAGAUGUGGAAAUUAUGCCAGGUAAGAUGUACCUAGUGUGGGCUUACCAUUAUACUAAGGAUAUCAAUACGACUACUGGGGUCUUCAUGCGACACAGCACCACAACGAGGGGAGGAAUGGAGUACAUGUUCAUUGAUGAAAAAUACACCAUUGUGGAGAUAAAUGACAAAUACAGGCUGUAUUGGGCUUAUGACAGCUCAAAAGAAAUGUUUUAUUUUACGGUGGUGGUGCAAACCACUGGUUGGGUCGCAUUUGGUGUGUCCACUCAGAGGGGCGGCAUGAAUGGCUAUGAUGUGAUUGUUGGAGACAGCACAGGAGAGUUUUCGGAUUAUUUGACUCGAGGAACAACGAGACCACCAAAGGAUACAAUUCAGAACGUCAAUUUAACGAAGUACGAACAACGUGACGGUUACACAUUGUUGACAUUCCACCGUAAGAGAAACACCGGAGAUGAAAGCGAAGACGUCGAAAUAACGCCGGGAAAGAUGAACAUUGUUUGGGCUUACGGAACUGCUGAUGUGCCUGCCGACGGCAACUUUGUUCAACACAGCCCACAAGCAAGAGGUGGAAUGGAGUACACCUUUAUAGAGGACACAAAUGGAGGGAAUGGAUCCUCGUCUGUGUACACCCCAUCCAUCCUUGGCAUCAUAGCUUUGUUCUUGUUCCAACGUGUGAUAGACGCGUAAACUGCAUCAGAAAUGUACACCGCUGACAGAGUCGCGUUUACCGAGCUGGUGAUUGAAUGAAAACGCUUGAAAUGUGUGCUUCUUUAAACUGACGACUCGUUUCGCAAUUUUCUUUUUUUUGGUAGAAAACAAGUCUUGUAGUAUCUAAGUAUGGUCGUUAAAGAGCAGCUAAUUUUACUGAAUUGUCGCACGCGUAAGGUAAGCUAUUGAAAAUGGAAAAUAAAGGUAAUUUUUUCAUUGCUUUUA